AUGGCGCACAACGUAACCAAACCCCGUGGAGCGAUCGCUGCUAUGUACACCAGCCCUGGCCCUGCCUAUGGCCUUCCCAAACUGAUCGGCCAGAAUACCCACGAUCCUCGCAGUUCUCACAUCAAACAGCCUUCCUACUCUUUUGGCGUCCGUCACGGCAAGUUUUGGGAUGACUGCAGCCCUGGCCCAUGCUACUACCCAGACACCAAGGUCAACCGCGAUGGUAUGGAUGGUACCCCCCAUUACUCCCUAUACGGUCGGCAGCAGGAUGCCAAAUCAUUUAAGACUCCCGGGCCUGGUGUUUAUAACCCUGAACAAGUCGGCCCCAGCGCCAAGUUCCGUCAUCCACAGUACAGUUUUGGAAUGAGACAGAGGUACAGAAGGACCGACAACAAUCCAGCUGCCAACAGCUACACGUUGCCCAAUAUGGUCGGCAAGACAGUUCAGAGUGGGAAGAAACAGGCAGCCUGCUACAGUCUCUCUGGGAGACAGACCAUUGGAGGGUCUUCCGAGGAUCUGGCCAGGGCCCCUGGACCAGGCACCUACAACACCACCGACCCCAGCACGUUCAAGAACAAGGCCCCUUUGUUCAGUAUGACCAGCAGGAACAUCAUGCCAGGGGACACCACCAAGAAGCCAGGACCAGGAGCUCACUCACCACAGAAGGUGUGGAUCCACAAGAAGAAGGAACCCGACUACUCCUUUGGAAUCCGCCACAGCCAAUACCUUACUCCACUCAUCGUUGAUGUUCAAGAAUAGGU